AUGCUCUUCCUCCUCCUCGCUUUCCGUUUUCCGAUUCACUGCGCUUCCGAAAGGAUAAUCGUGAUCUACAACCGAUGUCCGUUCACAGUUUGGCCCGCAAUUCUUGGACCGGGCGAUCCGCAAGGUUCUAAUCGACAUUUUCGAUAGGCGCCUCCAGAAAUGGCGUUUCAGGCGGUGGCUUCCGACUCGAACACGAGCAAUCCCGCAAGAUUUCCGUGCAAUCCGACUGGCAAGGCGUCAUUUGGGCCAGAACACUGUGUGACGGUCGGAUGAAUUGUGCGACCGGAAGUUGUGGGGUGAGGGGUGUACAGCGCGAAAUUCAAAAUUUUAGUGUUUUCCAAAGUGGUAGAAAAUUCGAAAAUCUGAUGCAUCCAUCCUCCAUUGCCACAUUUCGUUUCAGAAUCGUGAACAAUGCAACGGAUCGGUCGGCCAAUUCCCGUUCACGGCCGCCGAGUUCAGUUUGGACGAGGCGAACGACGAGGAUGUGUAUGCGGUCUCGCUGAUCAACGGCUACAAUGUGCCCGUUUUGAUUGAGCCGUUCGGCGGCGAAAGUGAGUAGAUUGAUUGGUACUUUUGGAAAGUAUUGCAGACGAGCUCGACAACAAUUGAAGAUGAAAAAAGAGCACACAAAUUUAUUAGAAUUAUGAAACUGAAGUCACACUUGAGCCGCCCCUCUUUUCCAGGAUGUCGUCGUGCCGGCGGCUGCAUCGCCGACAUCAACGAAUUGUGUCCCGAACGUCUGCGAGUCGUGAGAGCCGGCCAUACAAUAGCGUGCCGCUCCGCCUGUGACGCCCUCCGCACCGAUCGAGAAUGCUGUCGCGGAAGCUUCGCCGCUCCGGACAAGUGUUUCAGAAGCGACGUGGCACAGACGUUCAAGGACGCGUGCCCGACCGCCUACUCUUUUCUCUUCGACGAUGCCACGUCAUCGUUCGGGUGUCAGCACGGCGCGGAGUACGUCGUGCAGUUUUGUUAG